AUGGAGGGAGAUUCUGUCACUUUAAACACUGAUGUUUCUGACCUACAGAGAGAUGAUCUGAUACUGUGGUCAUUUAGAUUAAACAGUUCAGAGACUCGUAUCGCUGAAAUCUAUAAACAGAUUGUCUCUGUGUAUGAUAAUGAAGAGAAUACUGAGAGAUUCAGAGACAGACUAAAGAUAGAUGAGCAGACAGGAUCUCUGACCAUCACAAACAUCAACAAAUUACACUCUGGACUUUAUAAACUACAGAUCAUCAGAGGAGAGAUCAAACACAAGAGCUUCAGUAUUGAUGUCUAUGGUAUUCUGCCCAUUCCUGUCAUUAUCAAAUACUCUUCACAAAAUGUUUCAUCAUCAUCAGUGUCCAGAUGUUCACUGCUGUGUUCAGUUAUGAAUGUGAGUGCUGUGACUCUCUCCUGGUACAAAGGAAACAUUUUAUUGUCCAGCAUCAGUGUGUCUGAUCUCAGCAUCAGUCUCUCUCUACCUCUGGAGGUGGAAUAUCAGGAGAACAACAUCUACAGCUGUGUGAUCAACAAUCCCAUCACAAACCAGACCACACAUCUGGACAUCACUCAACUCUGUCAGUCAAAUUCAGAAUCCAACCAGACUUCUCUUCUUCUAGUUGUGUUUCUCUUGGUCUUGCUGCUGUUAGUGAUCUCAGCUGUAGUUGUGAUGAUCUGUCAACGCAGAAACUACACACAAGUGAAACAAGAGGCUCAGAGUAAUGAGGAGGAGGUUGAUUAUACUGCAUUCACUAAACAUAGAGAUCAGGAUACGGGGGCUAAUGGACAUGAUUGGAUGGUGUAUUCAGAAGUUGUUUUUGAGAAGAUGAUCGUGUAG